GAGACUCAUCAGGACCCCGUGUCCUGGCGAGCGUUCGCUAGGUUUGGUGACGUGCUUACGCAGGGCGCGGCAACGUUCCAGCUGCUUUGGAGUCGUGGCCUGGCGGUUGUCAACUUGUACGCUCCUCCCGGCCAUGAGGACGACCUUUGUGGUGGCUUUCUUGACUUGCACAUCAAGCAUCAGCUUCACAACAAGCAGUGGCUGCUCGGAGGCGAUUCCAAUGCAGUUUCUCGGGACUCCAGGUUCGUCAACUUGGUGAUAACGGCUGGGGCCACGCUCUGUACUGACCACAAGCCUACGCGAUGGCAAGGUGAGCACUGCAUUGAUUGGUUCGCGGGCACCACAGGCGUCAACUUGAAGUGGGCUGGUCAUUCCGAAGAGGUCUACAGUGACCACGUCUUGAUCCGGGCCACUUUCCCGCAGCCUGGUGUGGAUGCGGAACUUCGAAAGGGUCGCUUGCGGCCCAUGCCUUCUUGGGAAAAGCCAGCGGCGGCCCCUGCUGAAACUUGGCGCGAGAAGCUCCUCGAUUGCUGGAACGAAGACAUGACGGCGCACCAUGCGUAUGCUGAGAUUUGUUAUCGUUUUCAGUCUUUGCAACCUGACGUUCAACAUGAGUGGGACCUCUUCAUGUUUCUUGUUGACGAGUUGCACCGCCGCACGCUGUGUGCCUUGGCUGCAGACGAGUCCGUGCUUCCUGAGCUGAGGGAUCAGUGUGUGGCUCUGCUUGCACAGCCGCACGUCAAGAACCGAAAGGGUACGGUUGCUGUUCACCAGUGGGUUAACCGGUUAACCUUCAGGCGUCUACUGCUGGAGAGAGAGGCGUUUGUGAAGCUACUAGAAGGCGUUCCCGUAGGCUUGCGCGUCUUUACGGCUAGGGAGGAGGCCGCUCUCAAGGACAAGGCCCUUAAGCAGUGGAAGUCUGACAUGUCUUCUGGUAACCUCAGAAAGCUUAGCCGGUGGAUCAAGGGCCGUGAGGUGGAUCAAAAGAGUGUCGUCCUGGUUAGGGAAGGGUUGGCUGCUGGCAACAGGCAGCAGGCUCUGGAGUUCAUCCGAGCCCAUUGGCAGAGCCUUUGGGCGCAGCAAAGAGAACGGCGGCAGGACCCUUCUGCUGUAGCGGCGACUCUGCUUGAGGGCUUCCCAGAGGGCCAGAGGCGGCAAGUUCAGUGGCAGCAGGUUACUGCUGAGCACCUGCAGAAGGCUUUUUCACAGGUCAAAGGCAGCGCUGGCCCUGAUGGCUGGACGGCGGAGGAAGUCAAGCACUUCCCGGCCCCUUGUGUGGCCUUGAUGCACCAGCUUUGCUUGCGUUGGUUGCAGGCGGGUCUCCUUCCACGGCAGUUGCGAGAAGUCAAAAUGGUGAAUUUGCCUAAGCCGCAAAAGAUCAAGGCGGAUCACACCUUGGAGGCUGGGCACACCAGGCCCAUAAGCGUGGCUUCCAUCUUCUGGCGAAUUUUCGCUAAAGCGUGGCUUACAGGCAGUGGGCUGCUUGAGUGGGGGAAGCACAACCGUCACCCUGACGUAGUCGCAGGGACCCUGGGCUCGGAAGCUGCUGCUGCCGAGCUCCUCGACAGCUUCCGUUGUGGUACGAAUGCCUACCUUGGCAGCCUGGACUGGAGUGCUGCCUACGAUCACCUCAGUCCUGCCGCGAACAAUUGGGUGGCCGCCGGAUUUGGUCCAGCUGCUCACU